AUGGAGUACGUGUUUGAUGUCUUCUUCGACGAGUGCUUCAACAAGAUGGAGCGCAGCGGGCUGAUGUCGCGUGCCGGUCGGCGUGAUAUCAUCAGCCAUCUGAACUCGGUCAUCUCCGGCUGCAUCCAGGGUCGGCAAACGGCGUCCACGCAGCUAGCCGUCGGGUUGGCCGUCACGUCCGCGAUCGAUUACCACAACCGGAUGAAGGGCGACAACUACGAGGUGUGCAUGAUGGGCAAGUAUCACAACGUGCUGUACAUCGCGCUCCGGAUCACCUGGGACUGGGGGCUGGAGGAUUCGACCAUAGUGCGGAACCUGCUGGACGAAAUUUUUAAGUGUGAGAAAACCUUCGAGCGGCUGUUUUUGGGCGCACUGUUCGGAUGCAAUGCGCCACACUUUAUCGCCGGCUGGAAGAGCGACUUUAACGAUCAGGAUGAGAAUCUGCGGGCGGUCGUAUUCUUUCUGCACCAUUCGGCGAAAGCACGGGCUAUCUAUCCGACCUACUCGUACGCGUACCAGCGAUUGCGCCCCACGAAAUUUAUCGACGUACCCAUAGACUCUUGUGGUAAGGCGUCACCGUUGCGCGUUGCACUACAAGCAUCCGCACCGGACAUUGUGCUGAUACUGCUGCGUCACGGUGCUAACCCUUGCCCGGACGAUGGUGGCGCAAGUCCGGUGCUUAGUUUGCUGGAGAAGCUAGCCGAAUGCGAGAAUCGCUGCUACCCGUUUCAGCUCGUGUCCUGCCUGAAGCUGCUGCUGCGCACGAUCGUUAUGGUGGAGCUACCGUACAAGCCGCACGUGUACGCUGUAAGGAAGGAGAUGUUCGAAAGCAAGUACACCGGUCUGUUGGAGGAUGGUAUACUGCCACCAGAUCAGGUGUACGGCAUACCUUCGCUGAAGCAUAUGAGUCGCUGCACGAUACGCGAGGUGUUGCGAGAGAACUUCCAGCUACCAGGCAGCAUUGUGAAACUGCCGCUUCCACGUAAACUUAAGAAAUAUAUAGAUUUGCUUGACUGAUGCACUUA